CUAAACAUUGCAUCUCUCUCUCUAGAAUCUUGUUCUUUCUGCCAUCUCCCCUUCUCUUUCUUGGUUUCUCUGUAAUUGUGCUUGAUUGCCCCUGUUCCAUCCAUGGAGGACUCAUCCAAUGCCCUCAGACGAGAAAGACCUCCAAACCCACACAGCAAUGGUGAUGACUCUUCUCCUGACAUAGGAACGCCCAAAAGAAGUGCUUCUUCUACUGAUUCAAUAAAUCUUUUGACGACUUCUGUUGCUUCAAUGGAGAAUUUGGUGCCCACCAUGAUUCCUGCAGCUGGUUCACAAGAUAAUUUGGAUACAACUCCGGGUUCUCUAUCUGGUUUGGAAGAGAUCACGAGUUUGGUUCAUGGUUCGUGCUCUUCAUCAGAAGAAGUACACGAAUCCAUGGAUGUUCCAGAAGAGAGGGAAAACCCAAUCGCAGUUUCUCUCUCUAGUCCACUGGCAACAUCUCUGCAAGUGCAAGACUCUUCCUCCGAUGAAGAAGAGAAUCAAGCAUCCAUUGUGAAUUCUGGAGCCAUGUCAUCUUCUCAUAUCGAUCAAGAAAGGGAACAUGUACCAAUGGAGAUUAUUCCUCUGAAUUCCAAUGAAAUGGAGGCUUCUUUAUCAGAAAACAUGGAGGCUUUAUUCAUUGAUCAACAAGAGCCUGGUUCAAUAGAGAAUCCCGACCUCACCAUUCGAGAAGGACAACAUUCACAAGGAAACCAAGAAGAGGCAGGAGCAGGAGGAGAGGAAGUAGAAGAAAGACCAGAAGAGGCACAAGCAGAAGGAGGGGGAGAAGUGGAGGAAGGAGAAGAAGUAGGGGGAGGAGGAUCACACUCUCGUGCGAUAACAAACAACUCAGACAUUGUGAUCAAAGUGACAAUAGAUCAUGAGAGAGAUCUGAUCAGACUAACCCAAUCUGGAGAAAAUGAGUUGGGUCGACCCCAAAGAAGGCUUAUGAGAUUUUCCAUUAUAAAUGCAGCAGCACAAAUGGUUUGCUUUGAUGACACAAGGCCCGGAAACCUCUUCAUCUCAGGCAUGGUUCUUCCUUUUAAUGGCCCUGAAUCAAAUAUUCAGAUCUAUUGUGAGUCUUUUGGGCCAAUUCGUUCAUGGUGUAUAACUGGCUUUCUUGAAGAGUCCCACGCAAUUUGGGUCUCAACUGAUAUCGCUGACUACCUUUGUGUAAAGCAUGAAACAUUGUACCUCCCUCUCUAUAGUCAAUUCAUAGAUAAGGCCUUCCUUUGUAUUCAAACUUUUCAAGAGCUAGAGAAUGACCCCGCAUUGGAGAUGGAUUUACUUUUAAAUCAUCUUGUUGGCAUUUUGUUUGAUGAAUGGGACGGUUCCCGCCCCUUUAAUGCAGCGCUGAUGGCGGUGAAGUGUCAUCUGCCAUUUAUAGCUGAUCAGUUGGUUGGGCUUGAUCGAAGGUUCUCUAAUUUUCAGGCAAUAGAAACAAUCAGUGCGAAGUUUAAGGAUCAGGUAAACAAGUUUGAAAUGCUUAGGCAAAUGAACAUGAUGAACGGCCGGAAAUUGUCCGGUUCUUUCUACUCGAUCCAAGAUUAUAACAAGAAGAACCAUGGGGAGUGCCCCCAAAGUAGUCACAAAAGAUCCAUGACAGAGGCUUCCUCCUCCUCCUCCUCCACUACUCCCAGAUGUAAGGAGAAAUGUUCCAUCGAAACUAAUGACACACAUGAGAGGAAUCUCGACACGGCACCCAUGGAUCCUCAGGACAUAGGAGAAAAAACGGAGUCAGAAGCACUUAGCAUGACCCGAACUGGAGAUAGAGAGGCCAAACGGCCCUCUCGAAUACUUAGGGGAUUCGAGAUUUUGGAUCGGAGAGAAGCUAUGCGACCAAUUGAAGACUCUGAGUCCUACGAAUUGUACAUUACCUCUGAGAUUUGGCCACUCCAAAUAGCCAAUUCGAACCUAGAGGUACGAUGUGAGAUGUUUGGGGAGAUCACCUCCUGGUGCAUUACAGGUUACAAUGAGGGGAUCCCUUUUAUUUGGGUUUCAACUCGAGUCGCAGAUUAUUUUUGUCAUGAGCCCAAUGAAGGUUACAUGCCCUUCUUUAAGGCCUUCUACGAAAAGGCGAAGCUCUGCAUUCUAGCCUUUCAGAUUCUAAAUAAGGCACCAUAUAUGCACUUUGACGAGUUUUUGCUAAAACUGGUUUUAAGUCUAAUGGACUGUUUACGCACCUUCAAAGAGGAAGAAGCCGCUCGGGACUAUGUGAAUUCUCAGUUGGGUUUCGUGGCCCAGCAGUUAAUUGAACUCGAUAUGAGCGUCUUCUCUAAAUUGCCAGUCAUAAAGACUAUAAUAAGUAAGUUCAAUGUGAAUGUUGGAGAGGCAAUGAAUAGGAAGGCACGCCAUUCAUUUUUCUCGAUUGAUGGAAAGAACGAGGGGAGACAGGUCAGUAGCAGUCCAGUGAUUCAUGAGAGUAGAAGAGAAGCCUAAGCCAAGAGAGCUUAUGGGGAUCAGGAAAGGAGAGAUCAUGUUGAAGCCAGGGUUAGUAUCUUUUUGUGAAAGCGCUCUCUCUCUCUCUCUCUCCCUCUCUCUGCUAUGUGAUUUCUCAAAGUUGGAUGUUCUCUCUCUGUCUCUGUAUGUGUCUACUAUGGCAUCCCUUGAGGCUGUAAGUUUUCUGUGCGUAAUUUCUA